AUGGAUUUCUCGGGCAUGUUGCUGCGUUUCAUCAUUCUUCUAUCGCUUGUAAGAGGUUGUCUGACCAUUGAGGCUGAUAAAGGUAUCCUGGCAUCAGAUGGAGAUGUUGUGGAUUGCACUGACGUAAAGAAGCAACUAGCAUUCGAUAAUCCUCUAUUGAAAAAUCACAAAUUCCAGGAGUUACCAUCUCAACUUCCUACAUUCAUCAGAUCUACUAAAAGAAGCAAAUGGCAAACCCUAGAAGCCCAUAUUAGUGUUGCCAAGUGUCCUAAAGGGACAAUACCAGCAAGGCGUUACAGCUCCACCUCGAAUCAGACAGCAUCAGUAUCUGCUAGUUCCGAUUCUGUUCAUGAGCAUGCAGUCGGAAUUGCCAAAGUCGCACCAAAAAUGUAUGGAGCAAAGGCUACAUUCAGCGUCUGGAAGCCAACAGUAGAAAAAGCAGACGAGUUGAGCAUUUCACAGAUCUGGAUCACAUCGGGAAAAUACACUACCAACGAUGUUAACUCGAUCGAAGUUGGCUGGCAGAGUGACACUUACAAUGCAACUGGAUGCUACAAUCUCCAAUGUUCUGGUUUCAUACAAACUAGUAGCAGCAUUGUUAUCGGAGGUACGAUUACUCCCCUCUCUGCAGUUGAUGGCAACCAGUAUGAGAUCACAGUUUCUGUAUGGAGGGAUCAAAAGCAUGGAAACUGGUGGUUGAGUUUGGGAUCCGACCAUACACUGGUUGGAUAUUGGCCGGCUGAGCUAUUUGCUAGUUUAUCUCACGCAGAAGAGGUGCAAUGGCGAGGUCACUGA